AUGGCUUACGAAGGUUACGCUGAGGUUCGUGCGAUCCCGGGCAUAGGAUUCGGCGUUUUUGCUACAAAGAAUAUCCCUAAAGGAACGUACCUUCUUAACGAGCCUCUCACACUAUUUAUCUCUGAUGACCGCUUCGUUGAGAGGUUCUGCCGUGCGUGGCAGCAAUUAUCCCUUGGCAACAAACAGAAGAUUCUUGCUCUUCACUGUGACCCUGGAAGGUAUGAACAAGCGAACGGCCAGCGUUCAGACUUUGAAAGAUGGAGUAGAUCUCAGUAUAGAGGUCGUUCUCUUACAGAGUCUUAUCCACAGCACAUUAAGCGUGUAGAGGAGCUCAUCAGAGCCCGUGCAAUUGUCUGGACAAAUUGCGCAUCGGUGGGUAGUAGAAAUGGUAUUGCGGUGUACCCAAUAUUCAGUCGCAUCAACCACUCAUGCGAUCCAAAUUGUGAUUGGAAUAUUAACGAAUCCCCUUACAAUUUAUACAUCCAAGCAAAGAAAAAUAUCAAGGUCGGCGAGCAACUUUCUAUCACUUACGACUCCUCAAUCAGCAGUUUAUCAAGUCCUGCAAGCUUAGAAAAAAGGCGAGAACGUCUUCGUGGUUGGGGAUUUGAAUGCGCUUGUAGUAGAUGCGUAGAAGAAGAAAAUCGUUUACGUCCGGCUGCUCCAGCGGCUCCAGUGGCUCCAGCUGCCCCAGCAAUUGACCAGGAAGACGAAAUUCAAAGUGGAUCAAUAAAUUUACCUAAAGUCACGAACUGGUCUAGUGCAUGGAACUGGGCUCGGCCAGCGGAAGGUGAGUUGAACGAUGAAUUAUCAAUGAUAGAAGAGGAAGAAGAAGAAAAAGAAGACGGGUUGACAUAUAAGACCAUUGACAAUCCGGGUGAUAGCUAUACCAAUUUUCAACCAAUAUUUAAACCUCUAUUCCCAACUGCAGAGGACCUGAUGGAGAGACUCCACGCAUUCGGGCAGAGACAACAAAACGCGGGAGAUCAAUUUGCCCAAACACCGGCAGCCCAGGAAUUGUCGCUCGUGUGGCAAGACAAUAAUGGCGAAGCUCAGAGAUCGGAGAUCGUCAAGCAGCAAUUGGCGAUGAACCAAAAACUGCAUAAGGAAGUCGCGGAUUUAUUGGCAACUGGAAGGGGUAAGUCGGCGCCGAAAGAGUCCUAUUACUCAAAGUAUUGUACUUAGAUUAGUAGCACCUACUACGAUUCCAUUCUUCUCUUAAUACCUGCUAGUUACCUAGAUA